CUCCCUGUUCCCGGCAGAGCCGCUUCCCCCUCCUCCCUGUGCUGUCCGCACCGAGGCGAGCGGCCUGCCAGGUGAGUAGGUCCGGUGCCCCUGGGCCCUCGGAAUCCCCUCUCCUGCAGGCUCGGGGUGGGAGGGGGAGAGGAGGGACGGGCGCGGACCCGAGUCCCAGGGCCAGGCCUCCCUUGUGAGUAGACUAUGCAAAGAAAAAGUGGGCCACCAUAUCUGGAAACUACAGUCUAUGCUUUGAAGCGCAAAAGGGAAUAAACAUUUAAAGACUCCCCCGGGGACCUGGAGGAUGGACUUUUCCAUGGUUGCCGGAGCAGCAGCUUACAAUGAAAAAUCAGAGACUGGCGCUCUUGGAGAAAACUAUAGUUGGCAAAUUCCCAUUAACCACAAUGACUUCAAAAUUUUAAAAAAUAAUGAGCGUCUGCUGUGUGAAGUCCUCCAGAAUAAGUUUGGCUGUAUCUCUACCCUGGUCUCUCCAGUUCGGGAAGGCAACAGCAAAUCUCUGCAAGUGUUCAGAAAAAUGCUGACUCCUAGGAUAGAGUUAUCAGUCUGGAAAGAUGACCUCACCACACAUGUUGUUGAUGCUGUGGUGAAUGCAGCCAAUGAAGAUCUUCUACAUGGGGGAGGCCUGGCCCUGGCCCUGGUGAAAGCUGGUGGAUUUGAAAUCCAAGAAGAGAGCAAACAGUUGGUUGCCAGAUAUGGUAAAAUACCAGCUGGUGAGAUAGUUGUCACAGGAGCAGGGAAGCUUCCCUGCAAACAGAUCAUCCAUGCUGUUGGGCCUCGGUGGGUGGAGUGGGAUACACAGGGAUGUAUUGGGAAGCUGCAGAGGGCCAUUGUAAGGAUUCUGGAUUAUGUCAUCUGUGAAAAUACUCACAUUAAGACAGUAGCAAUUCCAGCCUUGAGCUCUGGGAUUUUUCAGUUCCCUCUGAAUUUGUGUACAGAGACUAUUGUACAGACUAUCUUGGUUAAUUUGCAAGGGAAGCCAAUGAUGAGUAAUUUGAAAGAAAUUCACCUGGUGAGCAAUGAGGACCCUACUGUUGCUGCCUUUAAAGCUGCUUCAGAAUUCAGCCUAGGAAAGAGUGAGCUGGGACAAGAAACAACCCCUUCUUUCAAUGCAAUGGUCGUGAACAACCUGACCCUCCAGAUUGUCCAGGGCCACAUUGAAUGGCAGAUGGCAGAUGUAAUUGUUAAUUCUGUAAACCCACAUGAUAUUACAGUUGGACCUGUGGCAAAGUCAAUUCUACAACAAGCAGGAGUUGAAAUGAAAUCGGAAUUUCUUGCCACAAAGGCUAAACAGUUUCAACGGUCCCAACUGGUACUGGUCACAAAAGGAUUUAACUUGUCCUGUAAAUAUAUAUACCAUGUACUGUGGCAUUCAGAAUUUCGUAGACCUCAGACAUUAAAACGUGCAAUGAAGGAGUGUUUGGAAAAAUGCAUUGAGCAAAAUAUAACUUCCAUUUCCUUUCCUGCCCUUGGGACUGGAAACAUGGAAAUAAAGAAGGAAACAGCAGCAGAGAUUUUGUUUGAUGAAGUUUUAACAUUUGCCAAAGACCAUGUAAAACACCAGUUAACUGUAAAGUUUGUGAUCUUUCCAACAGAUUUGGAGAUAUAUAAGGCUUUCAGUGCUGAAAUGGCAAAGAGGUCCAAGAUGCUGAGUUUGAACAAUUACAGUGUCCUGCAGUCAACCAGAGAGGAGAAAAGAGAAAAUGGGCUUGAAGCUAGAUCUCCUGCCAUCAAUCUGAUGGGAUGCAACAUGGAAGUGAUGUGUGAGGCCCGCGCAUGGAUCCAAAGAAUCCUGAGUCUCCAGAACCACCACAUCAUUGAGAAUAAUCAUAUUCUGUACCUUGGGAGAAAGGAACAUGACAUUUUGUCUCAGCUUCAGAAAACUUCAAGUGUCUCCAUCACAGAAAUGAUCAGCCCAGGAAGGACAGAGUUAGAGAUUGAAGGAGCCCAGGCUGACCUCAUUGAGGUGGUUAUGAACAUUGAAGAUAUGCUUUGUAAAGUACAGGAGGAAAUGGCAAGGAAAAAGGAGCAAGGCCUUUGGCGCUUGUUAGGACAGUGGACUAAUCAGCAACAAAAAACCCAAGACGAAAUGAAAGAAAAUAUCAUAUUUCUGAAAUGUCCUGUGCCUCCCACUCAAGAGCUUCUAGAUCAAAAGAAACAGUUUGAAAAAUGUGGUUUGCAGGUUCUAAAGGUGGAGAAAAUAGACAAUGAGGUCCUUAUGGCUGCCUUUCAAAGAAAGAAGAAAAUGAUGGAAGAAAAACUGCACAGGCAACCUGUGAGCCAUAGGCUGUUUCAGCAAGUCCCAUACCAGUUCUGCGAUGUGGUAUGCAGAGUUGGCUUUCAAAGAAUGUACUCGGUACCUUGCGAUCUAAAAUACGGAGCUGGCAUAUACUUCACCAAGAACCUCAAAAACCUGGCAGAGAAGGCCAAGAAAAUCUCUUUUGCAGAUAAGCUGAUCUAUGUGUUUGAGGCUGAAGUACUCACAGGCUCCUUCUGCCAGGGACAUCCGUUAAAUAUUGUUCCCCCACCACUGAGUCCUGGAGCUAUAGAUGGUCAUGACAGUGUGGUUGACAAUGUCUCCAGCCCUGAAACCUUUGUUAUUUUUAGUGGCAUGCAGGCUAUACCUCAGUAUUUGUGGACAUGCACCCAGGAAUAUGUACAGUCACAAGAUUACUCAUCAGGACCAAUGAGACCCUUUGCACAGCAUCUUUGGAGGGGAUUCACAAGUGGCAGCCCUGUUGAUUAAUCUCUACAUCAUUUUAACAGCUAGUAUGGCCUUACCUUGGGUGAACUAACCAAAUAAUGACCAUCGAUGGCUCAAAGAGUGGCUUGAAUAUAUCCCAUGGGUUAUCUGUAUGGACUGACUGGGUUAUUGAAAGGACUAGCCACAUACUAGCAUCUUAGUGCCUUUAUCUGUCUUUAUGUCUUGGGGUUGGGGUACGUAGAUACCAAAUGAAACACUUUCAGGACCUUCCUUCCUCUUGCAGUUGUUCUUUAAUCUCCUUUACUGGAGGAGAUAAAUAUUUUGCAUAUAAUGAAGAAAUUUUUCUAGUAUAUAACCCAGGUCUUUUAUUUUCUAAAAUGAUGAUAGUAUAAAAAUAUUAGGAUAACAGAAUGAUUUUAGAUUUUCCAGAGAAUAUUAUAAAGUGCUUUAGAUAUGAAAAUAAAUCAUCUUUGUCUGAUUAA